GCGUUGGAUUAGCUAGAGCUUCACUGAAAGCGCGCAUGUUCCCCCAACUGUGGCCAAUUCAGUUUGUUUUGCUGCUGGAAUGCCAGUAUCCCCUGCCAAUUUUGUAUUUGGGCAACGCGAUUUGGAGGUAGCUCCAGCUCGAAGCUUCUGCUUGGCAACAGGGGUGUUGGAGAUGCCUGGGAAGCUGCGACACGAUACGCAGGGUCCAGGCGCAGAUCGCUUCGGUCAAUUGGACCCCCCUACUCGACUCCUGUCUCCUCUCUAAACCCCAAGCGCAAGACUCACUCUGCAAAACACCGACGCCUCGCUAUUCACUUCGCAACCCAAUUAAUUCAUUAAUUUUCCCCUGCUCUGCUCAAACCAAGUCUCGAGCCUCGGAACCUGUUUCAGCUGUCCUCCUGCCCACAGCCAAAAUGUCGUCGCCAGCCAUCACCCUCCAGCCCCCGUCCAAGUACGCCUCCUCCUCCUCCUCCUCCUCCCCGACGCCCGCCCCGGACGGCGGCCCCUCGGCCGAGCUCCUCCACCGCACCUGGUCCGUGACGCACUCAACGCUGUCCAUGUGGCGCACCGCCCGCAACGUCCGCAUAACCUACAAGCCGCUGCCGCCCUCGUCGUCGUCCGCGGCCCGCAUGGACGAUCUGGUCGAGUACGAGAGCCGGGACGGCGAGGGCGGCGUCAAGUCCGUCGCCGGCGUCGACACGGCCUCGGCCGGCGGCACCGCCAACACGUCUUGGGACUGGCGCGGCAAGGGCCUGCUCUUCUUCGUCACGAGCCACUGGGAGGUGCUGGGCUGGGGCGAGCGGCCGCUCGCGUCGUCGGGCCACGACGACAAUGGAGGGGGCGCUGAGAGGUGGGCCGUGACGUGGUUCGCGCCCACGCUCUUCACGGCCGAGGGGCUCGACAUCUACUGCGACCGCCCCGAGGGCCUGAGCGACGAGACGGCGGCCCUCGUGCUGGCGGCGCUCAAGGAUAUGGGGGUCGAGGAGCUGGCGGCCAUGGUCGAGAAGGACAUGCAGCCCGUCGAGAUCUCGCUGCCGUGGAAGACCAAGUGACCAACGGGAGAACAAAUGACGCGCGUCUCUGACUGUUCUUGUCAUCUCUUUUGCUUGUUUUGCUGAGCAUGGCGUUUUGGGCGGGGAGGAAACAUGGGCAAGAUCAAAGUUUGUUGGAGUAGGCUUCGUUGCUGGUAUUGUAAGCUUGUAAGAUGGAAAUAGACCAAGCCAAGGUGGCGGGAUCACCUUGCCAAUCGUUACCCCUAAUUUACCCGUCAUCCUCUCCCCUAAUGCGAUGACGCCUAUCGUGACCACUCCGACCCCUGUCGCGCUCGUCGCGAGGCGAACGGCUCCGUCGGCGCCCGUC